UUGAGUGUGGUGUGUGGUAGCGGCGAGUGCAGCAGCGCGGGGUGCGGUGCGCGGCGCGCGGCGCAUGAGGCGGAGGCGAGCGCGCUGCGCCACGAGCUAGCGGCUGCGCGCGCGCAGCUGCAGCAGCUGCAGCAUGACCUGCAGCAAGCCAACGACCAGGUGCGGUCACUGGAGGCACGGCGCUCGGAAAACGGGUCGCCGCUACGGCUGGCAGAAGCGUGGCGCGCGCUGCAGGAGCGCGCGACGCACCUUGAGAGAGCGCUCUCCGCCGAGACGCGCGUCAAGCUCGACCUGCUGUCCGCGCUCGGAGACGCCAAGCGUCGUCUACACAUACAGGAAGGCACAAUAUCAAAACAAGAAAAAGAAUUAGAGGAACUGAAAGCUCAAAUGUUGGCGGUGAUGCCUACGGAAUUCAUGACGCCAGUCAGCAGUUCAGUCUCCAAAUUGCGUCUAUCCGACGGCUCGCCGCUGGAUCCAAACGCCUCCGUCUACACGCCGAAACAACUCAUGUCCGACGCCUGA